AUGGGUGAAAGAAAAGGUCAAAAUAAAUACUAUCCACCAGAUUUUGAUUAUAAAAAACAUAAAACAUUAAAUGCUUAUCAUGGCACAACAUCAUUACGGGAUAGAGGUUGUGAUAGUCAUGUUGGUAUGGGAGUAAGAUUUAAUGCUGAAAAAAGGAAAGUUGGUAAUUAUUAUUCUACACCAAUAUAUGAAUUUGAUAUGAAAUGUAUGUAUUGUGAUAGUCAUUACAUCAUUAGAACAGACCCAAAAAAUUUUGACUAUGAAAUUAUAAGUGGUGCAAGAAGGCAACACCUUCGAAAAAAUAUUUCUAAAAAUGAGAUAGAAGAGGAAACAGAUGAUAAGGUUGAUAAUAAUAUAACAGAUGAUAAGAUGAAAAAAUUAAAUCAUUUACAAAAUGAUUUUGCUAAUAGUAAAAAAGUUAUUAAAGAUGUAGAAAUUUUAGAACAAUAUAAUGAAAGAAUGAAAGAUGAUUAUAAGGCAAAUAGUUUAGCUCGAGAUUUAUUUAGAAAACAAAAAAAUGAAAUUCGAAAAAUAAUUAAUAAUGAAGAAGGUUUAAAACAUUCAUUAGGUUUAGCUCAUAUUACUUUACCUCCAGAAAAAGAAAUUGAUACAAUUAUGGCUAACUCUUUAGUAAAAACUCAAUGUUUAGCAAAUGCUUAUGCAACUACAAGUGUAUUCUCAAAACGUGAAACAUUAAUAGAUAAAUUAAAAAGAAAAUCAAAUGAUUCAUAUAAUUUUAGUUUUAAAAAAAAAUCAUUAGAAUCACCUAAAUUUAUUCAACUUAAGAAAAAAGAAGUUCAAAUAAAAAAAGAAGAAAAAACUACUAGUACAAAUACUCUUUUACCAGAAUAUUCAUCUGAAAGUGAAUCGUAG